AUGGGGGAAGGGACGUCAUGUGUGGAUUCAGUGAAAGUUCAGGAGGAGGGCGGGAUAGACCAAAGUCUGGGAUUUGUGGAAGGGAGGAAACAGGUUGGGAGAAUCGUGACCGCUGGCCAACUGUCAUUGUGUUCUGAGCGACAGAGUCCUCAGCUUGGCAUCAGCAGGCCCUCACCUGGGGUGCUGACGCAUGGGGAGAUCUCAGGACCAGCAGAACCAAGGGCGGAGGCCAACUCCCAGCCUCUGUCCACCAGCCCAAAGAGGAAGAGGAACUUGUCAUCGGAUUCUGAGGAUGACCUGGCAGAGCUGCUGGACCCUGAACCUGAGCCGGUGUGGUCCGUGGAGACACUGUGUGGGCUCAGGAUGACGCUGAGGAGGAGGCGCGCAUCUAUGGUGAGGCCUGAACACCACAAGGUCUUCACCAGGCUGCUGGAGGAUCCUGUGGUGAAAAAAUUCCUGGCCUGGGACAAGACGCUGAGAGUGUCUGAUAAGUACCUCCUGUCUAUGGUCAUAGCUUAUUUCAGCCGCGCCGGGCUCUUCUCCUGGCAGUAUAGGCCAAUCCACUUCUUCCUGGCUCUGUACCUGGCCAAUGACAUGGAGGAGGACAACCAGGCCCCUAAACAAGAUAUUUUUUACUUCCUCUACGGGAAGAGCUAUGCCCAGCGCCCCAUGUUCCACAAACUGCGGUUCCAGUUCAUUCAGUCCAUGGGCUGGAGGAUCUGGGUGUCCCGGGAGGAGUGUGAAGAGAUCCAGGCUUACGACCCAGAGCUGUGGGUGUGGGCACGAGAUCGCACCAACCUCACCUAG